AGGAAAACGGUCCCUUGUAACCGGCACACAACAGCAAUCAAUGUGAAAGUGAACGACAAUGAUGGUACUCCAACCGAUAGACUGGGGGCUGAUUACAGGAAUAGCCACUGAUUUCGCGUUUGGCUACUGUAUGUAUAAACUGUAUACAUAUGGCAGUCGAUAUGUGGAAGAUAUUCAGAAAGCAACACAUCUGGAACUUGGUACAGGACUGGAAAAGGAGUUGGAGCAAUGCACAGAUAAAACGAUGCCAUAUGUGUGUAUAGCGGGAGUAGUGGCCCCUGUUGGCAACCCCAUGAUAAGUCGGUACAGCGACAGAGAGGGCGUGGUCCAGUCCAUCUCCUUAGUGGAGCAUAGGUCUAAACGAGUUGUAGGGAAUACCUGGACUGACACAAAACAUACGAUACGAGAUACAUCAGAAUUUAUACCAUUCCUGAUCCGUGGUGCUACACAGCCUGACCAUCAGGUUUACGUGACUGAACCUCGGAGUGCCGAAUAUUUAACUGAUAAUCUGAUGACAACUCACGACAAGUUUGAUCAAGUCAACUCCUCUGUUUUGCGGCGUGGAAUAGAUUUUAUAUCAGGGGAGAUAAGUAAAGGAUUCCAUGAAGUGGAGCGCAUGUUACUCGUAGGUACCCAGGUAAUAGGUAUAGGAGAACUCACAUUAGAGGCUGGCAAGGCCAGGCUGCGUCCCCCUGUCAGUGGUAAACGAUACAUAGUCACUGCUCUGAGUAAGGAAGAACUUAUCAAUAAAUUCAAGUCACAGUCAAAAUGGGCAAAAUUCUUUUACAAAAUGUCCUUGGUAAUAGGUUCUUGUUUAUUGACCUUUUUGUUGUAUCGAUGGUAUACAAAAUUCAGGGAUGAGCAACAACGAAGGCAGUUAUUACAAGAUGUACGAGAAGAACACAGGAGAGCAAGGAGGGAAGCUGCUGAGCAGAGGGCACGUAACGGCCGCCAGCAGGGGAAUCCAGAGGGAGGUGAUGUCAUAGAUGACCAAGAGGAGCAGGAUGAUGACCGAGAAUUGUGCGUGGUUUGUCUGACAAAUCCACGGGAGGUGGUCCUCAUCAGUUGCGGCCAUAUAUGUCUUUGUUUGGACUGUACAGACCUGCUGCCCACACCUCUUCUCUGUCCAGUGUGUAGAGCCCGUGUGGAGAGAUUUGUACCGUACUACAGGCCUUGAACUCAAGUCUUAAAAUGUAAGAUAAAAACUACUUUGUUUCCUGAAUACAAGAUAAGACCUGGAUUUUUUCCUGGAUAUAAGAUCAGACCAGACCCAAGUUCAGAAACAACCUUGAAACUGAAGAACUUCUCAUAGCUGAAGGAGAAAUGUCCACCUUGUAUGAAAUUUUUGAUAUAAAACAUGUACAUACAUGUAUUAAUUAACAAACCUGAACAUUUUUGACAGCUUUUCAUUUGCAUACAUUUUGUAGUUAAUUAAUUGGCAGUAUAUGUAGUGGUUAAAAAACCCUGAACAAAGUUGUAUGGUAUGGGGGGGGGGAACUGGAAUCGUGUUGGCAGCCUGUCCGUCUGUCUGUAGACACAAUAUUUUCCAGACAACUCAUACUACAUUCUACAUUUUUCAGCCAAAUUCCAUGAAACUUCACUGAGACAGUGAACACACUCUCAAAAUUUACACCUGUUAUUAAAAGUUUGAUUUUGCUAUUUUUAUGGGAGAAGUGCCCCUUUUUACGAAAGUUAGCCAAAAUUUUGUCCGGGACAUAUCCUUUGUACUCUUUCUCUAGGUGCUACUGGAUUUAGUAUGCAAACACAUCUUGAGAUGGCAAAGAGUCAGGUACAAAAAGUUGGUCACUGUGACCUAUGCUUUCACCUUAGAACUCAACCCUUCGAAGCAAUUUGUCUAGGGAACAUCUUCUAUGCUAUUUCACCUGGAGUAACCAGAUUUGGUAUCCAUGUACAUCUUAGAAUAUCGGGGUGCGGAGUACGAGAAGUACACUUAUAUAUCCUACAUCCUAAGGUAGGUGUACUAUGGAUUGCCUUGCAGUACUUUGCCUUUUUCAAUUAAAGAUUGGGCUCACAGAACUACUGCUAGCGUUCUGGGUGCGGGCAUGGGGUAUAAGUCAGCCUUUCUGGCAUCAUCUCUAGUUUUAAAGGUGGUUUGUGAAAAUUGUGCCAAGUUCAUAUCUUGAAUGAAAUCUGAUAUUUACGAUAUGAACAAGAUUUUUUAGUAUUGUUCACGACUUGAACCAACUAUCUUAUGAACCAGCUGGUCAUAUCUUACAUUCAGAGCAUGAACCAGGCCUUAUCCUAUGAUAAUAGCAAGACUCAGAUAAAGGUCUUAUGCCCACAGUAUGAACCAAAACAUGGAUCAUCAUAAUGACAUAAACCAGGUAUAUCUUAAGUUGUUCACCAACCAAUAUCCCAUGAUCAUGAUCAACACCUUCAAAAAUACAGUGAUAAAAGUAUUGUAUUUCAGGAUCUCUGUCCAACUGCACUGUGGAUUCUCAUAUACAGUGACAUAUCCCCUUAAUUUUGUGCCGGGUAUAACUGUAGCUCAGUUGGGCCAAUUACGUUCCUCCUAUUGACCACGUAGCUCCAUCAGAUGGAAUGAUGGUAUGACCACCUCCUGGUCUAGUUGAAUUUAUGUAUUCACAAAACUGUUGCUGAUUAUAUUUUGUUUAUUUUACCUUCAUUAUUUUUUUUCAUGAAAUUCACGCAAGAUACAAUUUUCUUUUAAGAAAAGAGUAAUCAAAUAAUUAGUCAUGCCCAAAUAAAUAGUUUCAAAUGCACAGUUUUUGGCAUUAGUACAGGGAUUCUCAAGCACAAUAAUGAACUAACGAAAUAAGUAUAAUCAUCCUAUUGAUUAUUUGUUGCAGGAAUAUUUCAUUUUUUUUGUCUACAAAGUAAACUGUAGUACAAUAGAGGAUAAGUUUGAGAUAAGAGAGAAUUGUUGUUAUAUACUGUUUUUUUUUUGUUUUUUUUUUGUUUAAUUUGUUAUAUGAUAAAUGAUCUUAUUGAAAAUAUCAGAAUUAUUUUUACAGUUUUAUUAGUUUACCUGUCGAAAGGGCAAGUGGGCUAAUGCUAUGGUGUGAUGUCGGCCAUCAUCCGGCAUCAUCUUUUUUUUAUCCGAACCAAGAGGCCCAAGUUUAAUGGUAUUUUACCAGCUGCAUGCUGGGAUGAAUUGCUAUCAGUUUUUUCAAAUGGAUGACAUUCACCCACUUUAAAUGUCACUUGGGCAAAUAUGUUAAAAUCUUUUUUAAACAAAUUCUUCUGUACCAAAGAUGCCUAGGGGUCAAAUGACACCUCUUGAAUAACUAAUGCUAGGGUCUGGCAUGCACCAUGCUUGGAUUGAGCCUUAACAGCUUUGAAUGACCUUGACCCACUUCGAUGAUCACAGGGGUCAAAUUUGUUAAAUCAUUUAAAUGGCUUUGAAUAACAAAAAGGCUUAGUCAUGAAAUUUUGAUAGUUGCAUGCUUGGAUGAAAGGCUAUCAAGUUGGUCAAAUGAAUAACCUUGACCAUAUUUCCAUGUUACCUGAGCAAAAUAUAUAAAAUCUCUAAUAAAGAUUCGGGAUGUGAAGAGUAAUACGAUUGUCCAGUAAAGAUAUGUAAUGUCACAUUUAUGGUAAUUCACUUUUAAAAACACUUCCAUUGACCUACUUUGAAGGUCAAAGAUGUGAGAUGAAUAUCAGGUAAAUGAUAUAGGCCCAUUAACAAGACACAAGCAUAAAACAAUUAUAUAAAUUACUAAAUGGUACGAGAUUUAUAUGCUGAUACUGAUGCAUAUCCCUUCAGCCAGAUGAAAACCAAAGGCUAUUCAUAAUGAAAAACCUUUCACUUCAGCCAAACAAAAGCUGAAGGCUAUUUUUCAUGAAAAACCGAUCUUUUACUCUUGAAGUGAGUAAAUGAAAUUUGGUCAAAUUUAUCAUUAAUUUAUCAAUCAUAUUGGGUUACCUUUCUGUGUGUAUAGUCUUCUGUGUGCGAUUGACUAUUGACUGUGAUCAAUGUUAUAAUGUUUGAAUGGAUUUUUGGAUUUUUGAGGUAUUUUAAACUUACAUGAAAUUAAAAUUCAUGCAUUAAAAUAAACAUGUAAUAAUUACAUCUUGAAUAAUUAGAUUGAUAAAAGUUUAAAAGUGAGAUAUGGGGGGGGGGGUUAGAAUGGCAAUGCGCAUGAAAUUAAGAUACUCCUUAGCAAAAUUUUCUGUGUUUGUAUGUUAAGAUUAAAAUCUGUAUCUUAGUUUUAAGAUAAAUAAUGAGAAUAAUUCAUUACAUGGUACAUAAUACUAUCUUUGUAUUUCUGUGCAAUCAGUUAAAUACAAUUGAUACAUGAAUAUUCAAAUAAAGUGCUCCAUGUAUUUACACAUGAAUAUUCGAAUAAAGUGUUCCAAAUAAUGUUAUAUAUACAACUUGUAGUGGUGUUUACAUGUAUUAAGAAAUCAAAUAUGUUCUACUGAAGAAUGAAAUGAUAUUAACCUAUAAUUCUUAUCUCUAUUUUAUCAGGAAAUUGUAAAGAAUGAAGUUCAAAAAAAAUGUUCCAUUGCAAUUGUUAGAAAAAGUAAAAA